GAGCCAGUAAUUUUUUUGACAGGUGCACGUUAUUUAGCGUCGAUUUGAAUGUAAAAAGAGACUUCCGUUCACUAAACAUGCUAAACAUGAAGGAUUUUAUAAACUUUUUUGUAUAUUAGGUAUGGUAGAUACCAUGUGUAUCCUUUGUAUUGAAGCAAGAUAGCAAGAAAAUUUAAAGAAAAAAAGAUUUAUGGUCGACCCUAUGUAAAAAUGGUUGAUAAAGAGGAAAUCUGUGUUCCCAGUCUGUCAUCGAGACUUCCAGAAACCUUAUUUCAGUUCCAACAGAAGCGAUACCUUUGUGAUGUGAUGAUAGUCACAGCUAAUGGCUUUAUCCCAGCUCACAGAUUAGUGCUAGUGGCUGGCAGUCAAUUCUUCUAUGAAGCAGACACGACAAGAAACAGUGUGGACCCAACUGACCCCAAUUUUCAUCUGAAUUAUGACAUCGAGGAUGUUCGGAAGGUUGUAAAUUUGUUAUACACCGGGAAAAUGAUUAUCAGUAAAUUCAACGUGGAGAGGAUAGCUGCAAUUUGUGCAGAGUUGAGAAUUACGGAGGCGCUAGAAAAAUGCUUGGUUUUCAUGACAGAGGUUGGUGUUUCAAACCAUGUUAUGAUGAGUUUUGUUGAUUUACCAGAGAAAAGUGGGCAGGAUACAUGUGCAACAGAUUUUCUUAAUGAUUCUAGCAGUGAAAAUCAGUCAGCUAGCAACACAUUGAGCAAAGAGAUAGAAAAAAAGGGUACAUCAUUCGAUUCAAAAUUUAAAAGAAAGCUUUCCUCUGAAGAGGAAGUUAAUGGCGCAGAGAAAAGUCAAAAGAGGCCAAAGCGUGCUUACAAUAAAAAGGGAACAAAAAACAAAGAGAUAAAGACCUCAAAUGUAGGUGAUACUGAAAAACAUGCUGCAGAAUCUGUGAUAACAAUUCAGCCUUUCCUUUCUGAUAAUGAAAACAAUCAAACUAGGGAUUCAAUAGGAAAUGUGACAACCCCUAGUGAAGACAGUAAUCCAAUUUCUGACUCUUCCAGGCCAGAGUUAAGCAGUGCAAAAGAAAUGACUUACCUAAAAGAGGAACCAUCAGCAAAUUCAGAGUCUUGUAUGUUUUUAGAUUUCAAUAACCUUCAGGUGUAUCAGAAGAAAGUCCCUGCAGCGAAACUAACAAAACAGUUUGAUCCAGAUGGGGCUAUCACCGAAGCCAUGGAAAAAGAUCAGGAGUUUCUUGAUAGUGGUCAGGUGGAGAAACGAUUGAACUGCAGGAAGUGUAAGAUGGUCUUCAAGGAUGUGGAAGCCCUGACUGAGCAUCGCCGUGAAAUCCACCCCUCCAAUUUUAAGAAGCAGAGAUUUGUGUGUGACAUCUGUAAUGCAAAACCGAACAACCGCCCCACGCUCGUGGAACACAAAUUCAAGAAACAUGGGAUUCCAUACGACAAAGCACAAUACCCCAUUUACAAGUGUCAGGAAGGGGAGUGUGAGUUUGAGACCAUUGUGCCUUACAAGCUAUCCGAACACAAGACGACUGUCCACUCAGGCCUGGCCUGUAUCUGUGAGACCUGUGGCCGAGCAUUCAAGAGUAAGAGUGUACUCAAAUACCACAUCCAGUCCACCCACUCCGAGUCCCGUCCCACCUUCAUAUGUAACACCUGUGGGAAAACCUACUUCACAGGACAGGCUCUCAAGAAACACAUGGAGUAUCAUACAGGGACCCAGAAGAGGCUGCUGUGUCACCUAUGUCCAUACAGCAGUGUAGGAAGACAAGAACUGAACAACCACCUGCUGAAGCUUCAUAAUGUCCCAGUACCCAAGAAAACUAAAGUGUACCAGUGUGAAAAGUGUGAUUACUAUUCCUUGAACAGGACCCAAUUCAGAAGACAUGUAGCUAUGCAUGAUGGAAGAGAGAAUGCAUACAAGUGUACUGAAUGUGACAAGGCCUUUCCUUCAAUUUACAACUUGAAAAGCCAUGAGAAAAGACACAAGGCAGAGACAAUAAGUUGUCCCCAUGAAGGCUGCAACUUCUUUACCAAGUUCAAACACAUCCUGAAAAACCAUAUUUCAGGGAAACAUACCAAUACAAAUUUCAAACCUUACAAAUGUCACCUAUGUGAACACAGCUGCAAGUUAAAGGGCAAUCUGAACAAGCACCUGGUGAACAAACACGGUCUGGAGGUCAUGACAGAGGUCAAACAGCGAAAGAUCGCCUUGGAAACAGGGUAUCUGUUAAAAUCAUUAUUUGUUCGAGAAUCACAGACUAGAGUUGCUAAUUCAGAAAAAUACUUGGGGUCGCUAUGUGAAGUUAUGGGCUCAAUCACAAGAAAAACCGCCCAUAUCAGAGACAAGGGUGAUAUACUAGCCAAAUUAUGUAAGGACUAUUCAGAUGAAGAGAAUGUGAGCCACUCCUUGAAGGCAGGCCUGCGAGUAUGUGCCGAAAACCUGUCUGUAAUACAAGACUACAGGCAAACUCAGAUCAUGAGGCUGGAGUCGAAGGUCGUACGACCUAUAAGUGACUAUGGCAACAUCUGUAAACAGAUCAAAAUAGGUGUGAAGAGGGAACUUGAAGCUGUGAAGAGAGAAGACAAGAAAAAAAUAGAACUGCAAAAACUGCGCUCAAAAAAUCCAGGAAACUCACACCAAAUUGCUCAGUCUGAUGUAGAGAGGGCUAGGGAGGAUGCCUCUAUAGGCAGUAAACAUUUAGAGGAACAAAUGGUCUCAUUCGAGAAGAGAAGGCUUCAUGAUAUAAAGACUUCCAUGUUGGACUAUUUUAAAAUUCAGCUAGUUUUUCAUGCUAAAGCUAUUGAGUUUUACUCCAAAUGUUUUGAAAGUAUGUCAAUGGUGGAUGAAGAGAGAGAUUUACAGGAGUUCCAAAGAAAGUUGUCGAUGGCUAGAGGCGUACCAGACACGGAGGAGAUCAGCCAGGCUCUAACCUCCAUGACCACAACAACGAAUGGCUACUCAGAUACCCUGGGCAGCUCGGACCCCUAUACCUCAACCUACGAGUCGACCGCCUCUGAUCACCGCAGAGUACGCAUUAGUAAAACUUCUACAAUGUAUGGAGAUGAUGAAGAUGAUGAUGAAGAUGAUGAUUAUUAUGAUGAUGAUGAAUAUGAUUUGUCAACGGCAAGAUGAAAGUGAAAGUAUAUAAACUGCGCAACAUUAGUAGUUAAGAUCAUCAGAAGUUCUGGACAACUCCAAUAGAAUAAUUUUCAUUGUCUUGUUUAUUAGUACAUUUAUAUUUAUCAAAAUCACUAAAGGCCUACAGCUCCUUGAGCGUAAGAAGGAUUUGCCACUUCACUUUAAGAAUACUGUUGUGCAACGUACCACUUGACUAUUUAAGAAGCAGGGUGUUAUAAGUAGAUAUAUCACAGAGGUGCUUUAAUAGGCUUUAAUAGAUUGUUGAGGAGAGAUUGUACAAAAACUAGUAUAAAAACCAUCUUUGUGAUUUCCUAUUACAAUGUAUUAAUGUUACAAAAUAAAAUUUCAUUUAAAAUAACAUGAGAAAAAAAAUGACAGACCCAGUCUAAAUAGAUCCAAUGUUUUGAUGAAAUUGCACAGUUGACAAUUUAGAGUUAAUAACUCUGUCAUUCCCCACCCCACCCCCCUAAAAAAGGAAAAUUAUCCCUUUAAUAUUGAACCAUCAUACUCUUGGUUACCUCAAACUUCCAAUUUCAUUCCUUUAUUUCAAACUCUGAAGUACCAUGGUUUUUUUUAUAUGCUGUCAACUAUGAAAAGGGAAUCUAUAUAAGUCCAUUAAGAAUUUGACAAGUGUAAAUUCUAAAGCUUUUCAAAACUGUCUAGUCUCUUUUAAUUACUGUCUGUUUGUUUCAAAUAGUGCCGCUUUAGCUAAAUCAAAUCAGACAUUCCAUCCUAUACUGUAGAUCUCUGCCAUUCAGCCAUGUAUAAAAUUAAUCAGUAUGUUGUCAAAAGGAAUAGUUUGGUAAACAAAAAUAUUUAUAGUUAUAUGAACCUGUGUAUAAAGAAUCUUUAGAACAUCAUCUUUGCUAUAUAUAGUCAAGGAUCCACAGUGUUUAUUUAUCAAUCCAUGGUGUUUAUUCAUUGAUCCACAGUGUUUGGAUCGUCAUCUUUAGCAAGCGAAGAUGCUAGGUCAUUAGAUUGCCACAUAUCAUUGCUCUAUACAAUGUGCUUGUACAUGUAUAAACUAGUUGCCAUGACAGCAAUGUCCGUCCAUUUCCUCUCAACUUGUGAUAUUAUGUUGCAUCUGUCUCAGUUGAAAGUUUUCUUUCAGGACAGUACUUUUAGGUUCGGUUAUUUAUUUUAUUAUUUUAUAUUUUGAAUUUUGUUCAUAUUUAAACAUACAUUUUUUAAAUAACAUUUUUAUUUUACUUCUAUGUAAUAUUUGCUAGUGCAUACUAUGUUUUUCAUUUCUAAAUGAAAUACCAAUGAAUGUAUGUAUCCAUCUAGGUUAUAUAUUAAUAUCAAUGAAAAUAAACAGAGAAAACAUGAUCGA